CAUACAAUUAGCCACCCCCGUCGCCAAAAAAAAUGACCGAUCCGUCGCUAAAUCACAACAAAGACGACGAAACGUCACAAAAACCUUCCACAACGACCGACCAGCGGCCACACGUCAUCGUGAUGCCGUGGCCAGCGCAGGGCCACAUCAACCCGGCCCUCCAGUUCUCGAAAAAGCUCGUCGCUAAAGGUCUCGCCGUCACCCUCGUCACCUUCACCGACAAAAAGCUGAUCCUGCAGGGCUCCGCGGUGGGCCCGGUUGCCGUGGAGCUCUUCUCCGACGGCGGACUUGGGUGGGAAGAGGGCGACCAUUCCCUCGAAAAGUUUCGCAGCCUCGUUGAGCAAGGGCUGCGGGAAUUUGUGACCAGGCUGCGCGGAUCUGUAGGCAGUGCAGGUCCGUGCUGCCUGGUCUACGACUCAGUCCUGUCGUGGGCCCUCCACGUGGCGAAAGAGCUGGGGAUUGUGGGGGCGGCAUUUUUCACGCAGCCCAUGGCUGUUAAUACCGUGUUCUUGAACGUUAUGGAAGGGAGGCUCGAGGCUCCGCCGGCGCCGGUGGACAAGAGUGGUUUGAUUGCGGUAGAGGGAUUAUUGCCGACGGUAUUAUUAGCGACGGAUGAACUCCCGUCGUUAGUUUCCAAUCCGGAGAGCUAUCCGGUGGCGCUCGAGAUGCUGGUGGGACAGUUCUCCACCGUCAGGGAAGCCGAUUGGGCGUUUUGCAACACGUUCUAUAGAUUGGAAGAUAAGCUACUUGACUGGAUGGCAAAUCAAUCGAUUCCAAUUAAGUCGAUUGGUCCGACGAUCCCAUCAGCUUAUCUAGGCACCGAAGAACCAUUUGAACUGUCUGGGACAGGGUCGGAAUACGGACUCAACCUCUUCAAUCCAGAUGGUUCAUCGCAGACAUCUAUCACUCGGUGGCUCGAUUCGAAACCUCCUCGUUCGGUCAUCUACGCAUCUAUGGGGAGCACAUCCGACAUUUCCAAAACCCAAACUGCUGAACUUGCCCGGGCGCUUCAACUCAGCUCCCACCCUUUCGUCUGGGUGGUUCGCGAAUCCGAACAGGAUAAACUCCCGCCUGACUUCCUCUCCGAAACGGUCUCGCCAAGCCAACUCGUGGUGAGUUGGUGCAGCCAGGUUGAGGUCCUGGCCCACCGCUCCGUUGGGUGCUUCUUGACACAUUGCGGGUGGAACUCGACGAUGGAGGCACUCUGCCUCGGGGUGCCGAUGGUGGCGUUGCCGGUCUGGGGAGACCAACCGACAAACGCCAAGUUCGUGGCUGACGUGUGGCGGGUUGGAGCGCGUGGAAGGGUUGACAAGGAGAGCGGGGUGGUGACGAAGGAGGAGAUAGGGCGACGGAUCAAGGAAGUGAUGGAAGGGGAUAGUCGGGAGGAGAUAAGGAGGAAUUCAGAGAAGUGGAAGAAAUCGGCACGAGAGGCUGUCGCCGAUGGUGGGAGUUCUGAGAGGAAUGUCGAUGAGUUCGUGGCAUCACUAAUGUAUCAUGAUUAAUUUCGAAGAUUUUGUAUGAGAUUAAUUUCUGAGGAAAAAACGGUAAACAUAAAUCACAAUAUAUUAUGUUUCACUUUGUUGUCAUCUCAUGAACAUUAUAUAGCAUAAGCUUUGUUAUCUAAUUACUCUCCACUG